ACUGUCUAAUAUACGUUGAAUGGUUUGUUUAUGGUUUAACAUAUGUUUGUUCUUGCCGAGAGUCUGGCCGUAUGUCUUCCAAGCUCCUAGGCAGCUUUCUGAUUUAUAAUUUAUACAUUUUGCCAAGAAUCAGGGCAAUAUCAUGUAAAACAUAUUAGAAAUUUUGUUAUUAAUGUAGUUGAUACCAUAAAAAUGCGAAGUUUGCACAAGGGACGUGUUAUGUCCGCCUUUAUAGAUGAAACACUGAAAUCUCACGGCUGUUUGACCAAAAACAUAAAAAUUGAUGAUUCAAUUCCCCUUGAGGAGUACUUAAAGAGGAGAAGACCAUGGAAUCCUGCAGGAAGGUUGAGAAAUGUCCCAGAACCCCCCUGCAAUGGGUCCUCUUUUCCCUUUUGCUCAUCGAUGGACGUUAAAACGGCAAAUAGAUAUGCUCCACAGUAUUUGGCGCUCCAUGAAUGUACAAAGUUCUCCAAUAGCGGUGCUAUUUACGAAUCUAUCGCGAAUUGUGCCAUCCUUGUUAUAGGAGCUGGUGGAUUAGGCUCACCGGUUCUAAUGUAUCUCGCAUCUGCCGGAGUUGGUAUAAUCGGCAUAAUGGAUGGUGACGUUGUAGAGAUAUCAAACUUGCACAGGCAAAUAAUUCACGAUGAGUGCAAUGUUGGCAUGAAUAAAGCUUGCUCAGCUCGUGAGAGACUCCUGAAAAUGAAUAGCUCUGGUCGCUAUAUUUCUUAUGAAUUUUACUUGGGUGAAAGGGAAGCCAAAGAGAUUAUACCACUUUAUGAUAUCAUAGUGGAUGCAUCGGAUAAUCCUCAGACAAAGUAUCUUAUAAACGACGCCUGUGUUUUGUAUGACAAGUCAUGUAUAAUAGCAAGUUGUAUAAGGGCUCAAGGUCAGCUCAUGGUAUAUAAUCGUAUCAAAUAUCCAACGUCUCAUGAAAAAGGGGUUGACAAAAUGAUGGAUGCUCCAAAAAACGAGGAGAAAACACCAUGUUUUCGCUGUAUUUGUCCAUUUGAAGGAAAUCCUCUGCUUACUCUCGUUAAAAAUGCUUGCAGUGCUGCUGGUGUAAUAGGUUCAAUUCCGGGAGUGUUGGGAACGCUUCAGGCUACCGAAGCACUAAAACUUGCAGCUGGAAUCACAGAUGCUAGCCUGCUAGGCGGACGUUUGUUAACUUAUGAUUCAGCAAACAUUCUAAAUCCAUUUCGUUGCGUGAAGCUUGCAAGGAAUCCUUCAUGUGUCGUAUGUGGAGAUUCGGCGCCACCAAUUCAACUCAAGAUGUACGAAUCACAAGAAAGCACAAGCAACCUAGACCGUGACUAUUUGGCUGUGAGUCCUGAGGAAUUCUGGGACUUGUACAUGGACGAAAUUGAAAAUGGAUGCCCUGUGCAUACAAGAGUACUGAUUAAAUCAGACAUUAUGGAAAAGGUACCAAAUGGACGGGAAUACGAUAUUCUUCUCCUGGAUGUUCGCCCUAGUGCCCACUUUACAAUUUGUCACUUACCGGGCGCUAUAUCUUGGCCUCUGCAGGAUAUUUUGAACUAUACGCACUCCCUGGAGCCUAGCCCUUAUGUAAAGAAUAAAUCUUCAUGCGACAAAGGACCAGAAUAUACCACCCAAAACAGUGUAGAAUUCUUAAAAACUCUGCUAAAGACCAACCCUGACAGGAACAUUAUCAUACUUGUAAUCUGCCGCAGAGGUAAUGCUUCAAGAGUGGCUGCAGAAGAACUUCGGAGGGUUUUUGGUCCAAACGAAAGCAUCCAUUGUUACUCCGUAGCAGGGGGGCACCACUACUUAAAUACCCAUUUUAAGCUCCAGAUCCCGGCCACCUAA